AUGGAGAAGAACGUCACAGUAGAUCAACUAACUCGAUCAAAUUUCAACUCUUCAGAAUCCGAGGCCAAUCAUUUCUUCGCAAACAACAAGACCUGUAGAGAUACAUUACCAAGUUCUGACGCAGUGAACAUAGAAGCAAUAGUGGAUUCGAAGGAAGAUAAGAAAGACUUCAAAGUAGCCGUGUUCGAGGAACCUUAUGUCGAACCGGGUCCUCCACCUUACUCUGCGCCACUUGCAGUUUUGAAAGGGGAAGAGCCAGAGAAGAAAGUCUGGUGGAAAAGAAGAUGGGUGAUAUUACUCAUUCUCGCUAUUAUCACUCUGUUAGUCGUGCUUUUGGGGGUCUUGCUUGGGGUCUUGCUGUCGAGAAAGGGGAGGCGCUACGAAAACACGAAUGGAUACUCGAGUAGCGGUGAAGGCGCUGGAAAUGGAGAUCAGUCGAAUAACAGCAGUGAUGCUAAUACUGGAAUAUAUAGUCCCGAUCCUGCUGAUCGACCAAACUCAGUAAACGGACCGGGUCGAGUUACAUCAACCACAUCAAGCUCACUUCCAACCUCAACAGCCGGCAAUGCCUUACCCCCCGCUCUCAACACUGUCAUCGACAUCAUCGAACUAGUCGACAAAAAUCCAGCAACUCUCAAGCAAACAUCACUCGUGAAACUCUUUUUCCAAGACCACGACGGCUAUCUUUGUGAGAAAUCCUCCUCAGAUGGCACUUCCACUUGGGACCUGCCGGAUAGCGGCUCACGAAUUAUGAAAACAUACAGCGGAACAUCCAUAGCUGCAGUCACGUCACCUGAUAACCAAUUGCCCAUCCGUGUGUUCUUUAUAACGCCUGAAGGCUAUCUCGCUGAUAUAUUCCAAACAGAAAGCGGUGGUGCUUGGGCUGAUGGUACACUUAGAGAUCAACAGUACAAACCUGGAUUUCUGGCACUUGCGACAAGAACUAUUUCUAUUUCAGCGACAUGGUGUAAAGGGGACUUCCCUGUUGUUUUCGUGCAAGGAGACGAUCUAUCUAUUAAAGCAUUCCAACUAGUAGACAAGAAGGAGACCACGACAACAAGCUCAACUUACACCUGGGAAUCUGUGCCCGGAAACUACGGUGGGCUUAGCGGAAUCACUAGUUCUCUGAAUUUCGAUGCUGUGUGUGGAUUACAGCCUGCCGCAGAUCCAGAAGAGAAUUCAAGUAUCGUGUUUUAUAACACUUAUACUGGUACGGAAACAACAGGACAUUUGAAUACUGCUAUAGACAACGAUACCGCACCCGUCAGCCUCCCAGCUUCAGUAUCCCCUCUCUACCGCCCCAACACCCCCAUUCUAACAAUCUUCGGCGACCUCCCCUCCCUCUCAAACAUAAACACACUCAACAAAUCCUUCCUCAUCUUCUACCCUCUCCCCACCAAUCUCUUGGACCUGCAAUCCCCACACAUCCACGUAACCCUCGCAACCAUAUCCCCAACCACGCCACGUACCAAAAGUCUCCCCCGAACCAUCUCCUACUCUGAAACCUCUCUCGAUACAGGAGUCAAGCCCUUCGCAUAUGGGAAUUCGGCGAAAUUUUCUGAAGGUUUGAACGUCGGAUCAGGCAUUACGGGGACGAUGCCGCGGGCGUGGAGACCCUUUCUACUCAAAGGGACUGAGGGAGCGGGUGGGCGAGGGAAAGUUGUUGUGGUUUAUCAGCGGGAGUUGGGUGGGUUAAGCAUGGAUGUCCUAAUUGGAGCGCAGGGGAGGAGUUCAAUGGUUAUCAUGGAGGACUGGAGGAGCUUGGGGUCAAGGUGA